AUGUUAAUUCCUCGUCCAGAAUGUCAAUUUGAACUUCGUUCAGAUAAAGACAGAAUUAGAUUAAAAUUAUUUAAUUUGAGGAAAAAAUCAACAGCCAGUACUUUAAGUAUUUCUUUUAGAACAAGUAAACCAAAUGGACGUUUACUUGAAUUACUUGAUGGUGGUAAUGGACCUUUAGGGGCGCUUGAUCUUGUUGAUGGCUAUCUUCUUUUCUCAAAUCAUAUUAUCCAUCCAUCAAAAUUACUUGCAGACGGUCUUUGGCACACAAUACAUUUACAUUUGCAUUCCUUAUCUGUUCGGAUUGACAAUUUGGGGACAUCUCUUUCAUUACGGGAAACCUCUGAUUUUGGGGAACCUAAAUGGGUUGAUAUUCUUGUUCAUGGAGAAGUUGCCGCCCUUCGGAUUUUGGAUAAUAAUGGAGAUGAUGGAGGAGAAGAGCAAUGGAUUUGUAAUGAUUUGACAAAUAACGAUUUACUCGAAGUUCGUCAAUCCCUUCCCCAACAACAUAUAUUCUCUCAACCAGCAGCUUGUGCGCCUUCCAACCUAGAACAAAACUUUUGUAAUUGCAAGGGACCUAAUUCUGCUUUAAUUCAAAAUGGGGGGUUUUCUCUUAGUAAUUCUCAAAUUGCCAAAUGUUCUUUGUUGCCAGAUGAUGAAAAUUGUAAUUCUCUUUCUUUCAACUUCUCGUCUAAAUGA